GGGAGCAACAUCCACACACAGACUCUAUCCAGGAGUUAAGCUUGUCUUUCCCUCGUCUGCUUCUUCGGGUGUCAGGUAUGAGGCUGCGACAGCGGUGCAUUAUGGGGGUGACCGUGCUGCUGCUGCUGUGUGAGAUCGCCGUCAGUCAGCUGUGUAAGUCUCUCAUCACCAUGGUGGACGGCUUCCAUACACUUUUCAUCCUUUUCCACAUGGCUCUCCACCGGACUGAGGGCUUCGGCAAUCCUUGCACCCCCUCCUCGGACCCCUCCCCAUUUUCUCCGCUCGCCUCCUCCUCUUCCUCAGGGACCCUUCCUCCUCCUUCACACUCCGCUCCACCUGCUGAACUUCCACCCAGAGCUCAGUCCACUCCAGAGCCGCCCCACCGAGACCCGGCUGCACCGAUUGACUCGCAGAAACAUUUUUCCCCAGCAGCUCCGAGCUGCGGCCUGUCGUUCCCCGACAGCAGGAAGCGGGCUGUGGGUGUUUUCGUUUCCUACCUCCUCCUGGUCUCUCUGUGCGUCGCCUAUUUCUUGGAGAUCAUGGGUUUCCUGGUGAAGCCCCACCCAGUUCACCACCCCCUGCUGCCGGUGCUGAUCGGGGCUGGGAGUCUGCUCCAUAAGAUGCUGCUGUUUGUCCUGGACUGGGAUGAGCUGCUGGAUAAGAAGGCAGGAAGCUGCAGGCGGCGGGUGGAGACCGAACCUCGCCUUGAAAUGAGCUGCAAAGAGGAGUCCCAAGGCCAGGACGAAGAGCAGCUCUCUGACCCGUCCAAAGUUCAAACUGCAGCACACCGCUGUCUCCACAGCGGGGCUCUUGUCCUCUGUAAUCCAGGAACUCUCAACCUGCCUCACCACGCCUGCAGAACGGAGCUUCAGCUGCAGGAAACCACCAGCGGAGAGGACAGUGCUGCACGUUUAAAGGAAGAGAGUCUGAACCGCCGCCUGUGCAUUGAGCAUCCUGACAGUCAGAAUACACACGAACCCUCUUCAGCGGACAAGCCAUCAUCUGGAUGGAGCUGCCGCUGGGCCCUCUGCCUCCUGUCCUUCGUCUUCGUCAUCCAGGGACUCUUCACAUCCCUCCUGGCUCUGAUCAACAGCCUGGUGACGCUGGUCGUUCCACAGCUCCUGCACGGCUCUGGAGCCUGCAGCGUCCUGGUUUAUCUGGACCCGGGCCUCUCCAUGCUGGCUGUCAUCACGCUGAUUGCAACGUCUGUGCCGCAGGUGUACAGGUUUGGCAUGCUGCUUCUCCAGGCCUCUCCCCCACACAUGCGUGUGUCUGAUGUCAGCCGGAGGCUCGCCGGCGUUCCCGGGGUGCAGGCUGUGCACGAGCUCCACGUCUGGCAGCUGACCGAGUCGCUCACAGUGGCCUCUGUCCACGUUCACUGCCACACUGGGUUUCUGUCGAACAGUUACGCUGAUCUGAUGUCAGGAAUCACCACAGUGCUGCAGAACGUGGGUGUGAGCUGCAGCACUGUUCAGCCAGAAUUCACUUCCUCCUCUUCCUUGAUCGGAGGAGAUGGAGCCGCCACCUUUGUCCACAGAGAGGACAAAUCUCUCCCACCCUGCAGCCUGGCCUGCGGGAAAGCCUGUGCUGCCAGUAUGUGCUGCUCCCUACUGGAAGAGACGGAGGAGCAGAUCCGGAGCGUCCAGAGUCCAGGAACUGGAGAGAGCGAGGAGGAGCCUCAGACUCUGGUCAUCGAGAACACUUUCCUCUGACUCUCUGUUUUUACCUGAUAAGAAGGUGAACGCAGAAAAUAGGACAACAUGUUUUUCUCUGUUAGUUUUAUUAUAUAAACAGGUAUUAUUCCAAAGAUUUUCUAUCCAUUUUUGUCUCUUUAUUUGAUUAUGGAAAAGUUUUACUUUUUUGAUUUUAUGUGGGCGAUGUUAA